AUGGACGGUUACUAUGACCUCGGCUCAUUUGGCCGCCCCAUCACUACAGAAAAUGCCGACGCGCAGACAUGGUUCAAUCGGGGGCUGACGUGGGCUUAUGGCUUUAACCAUCGAGAGUCAGCUGAGUGCUUUGAAAAAGCAAUAUCCUGCGACCCAUCUUGUGCAAUUGCCUACUGGGGCCUCGCGUUUUCUCUCGGACCGAACUACAACAAAGAAUGGAAACUCUUUGACCAAGAAGACCUGAAAGUAACCACGAAACGCACUUAUGAUGCGUCGCGUAAAGCCAAGGCGUACAUUGAGAAUGCAUCGUCAAUUGAGCGUGCUCUUGUUGAUGCCAUCCAGAUUCGCUACCAGACUGAUAGCCCUGUCAGCAUGCAGGAAUACGCCCUGCAGGACCGUGCCUAUGCUGAUUCCAUGGAGUCUGUAUACCGCAGAUUUGGAGACGACCUGGAUGUGGCAGCCCUAUAUGCCGAUGCAUUGAUGCAGCUAACCCCCUGGAAGCUCUGGGAUCUCCACACAGGACAGCCAACCCCCGGUGCUCGCACGCUGGAAGCAAAGACGGUUUUGGAGAAGGCAUUGAAACACAAGAAUGCCAAACAUCAUCCCGGCCUGCUGCAUCUUUACAUCCACAUGGCUGAAAUGUCACCCAACCCGGAACACGGAUUGAAUGCAGCAGACCAUCUUCGAGACUUGGUUCCUGACGCCGGUCACCUUCGUCACAUGCCCUCACAUCUCGACAUACUUGUCGGGGAUUACCGCCGUGCCAUCGCAUCGAACUAUCAGGCCAUACUUGCCGAUGAGGAGUUUUUACGGCGUAGGGGAGCACAUAAUCUCUACAGCUUUUACCGUAUGCAUGACUAUCAGUCACUCAUCUACGCUGCCAUGUUCGCUGGGAAGAAAGAUGUUGCAUUGGAAAUGGUCGAUCAGAUGGAAGGCACUCUUCCAGAAGAUGCAUUACGCAUUGAGUCACCGCCACUGGCUGACUGGCUGGAGACGUUCAAGGCAGUUCGGUUCCAUGUCAUGAUCCGAUUCGGCAUGUGGGAUGAGCUUACCCGCAUUGAUCUGCCUUCGGAUCAGAACUUGUACUGCGUCACCACCGCCACGGCUCAUUACGCCAAAGGCGUAGCCUGGGCUGCGCUCGGGAAUGUUCAAGAGGCAGAAAGAGAACGUACCUUGUUCCACGAAAGCUUGAAGCAUGUUUCUCCCACCCGCCUGGAUUUUCCGGUCAAAUGUGUCGAUAUCCUCGCCGUCGGAGUUGUCAUGUUGGACGGUGAGAUUGAAUAUCGUCGUGGCAAUUACAAACAAGCCUUUGAGCAUCUGCGCAAAUCAGUAGAUUUGGACGACGGCUUAGACUAUAGUGAGCCAUGGGGGUGGAUGCAGCCAGCCCGCCAUGCAUACGCUGCGCUACUCCUCGAGCAGGGCCACCUUCAAGAAGCGGCGGAUGUAUACAAGGCAGACCUUGGUCUAGGCGGCGCACCCACCGCGGCUAAUCAACAUCCAAAUAAUGUGUGGGCACUCCAGGGUUAUCACGAAUGUUUGAUUCGACUGGGACGGACGGUGGAGGCGGACCUAAUUAAGCCGCAGUUGAAAGUGGCAGUUGCUGUAGCUGAUAUUCCCAUUCGAUCAUCGUGUUUUUGUCGAGUCGAUUAG